ACCUUUGUAACCGCACCUUUUGACCCAGUGUUGACCUGCCCACGCUGCAGGCCUCGCCGUAUAUAUAUGCCCGACUAAUCCUUUCAGAAAACCGGGGGAGGAGACGACAAAAGAAGCCUUCGAACAUCAUCGACACGGCCUCACAUCUAUAGAUGCCCGCAAAUAAAGCAGCUGAGAAUGCCUUAGGCACGAUAGGAACGGUUUGCUGGACUGUCCAGUUGAUCCCACAGAUAUGGAAGAGUUAUAGGGAAAAGUCUACAGAAGGGCUCUCUCAAUUCCUAGUGUUCAUAUGGGGAGCAUCCGGUGUGUUCAUGGGGGUCUACGCCAUCGUCCAGAACAUCAAUAUACCCCUCAUAGUGCAGCCACAGCUGUUCGGAACGCUGUCAUUUCUGUCGUUCGCUCAGUGUCAGUACUACGGAUCCAAACGGCCCAUCUGGGCAUGCGUGGUCACAUAUUUUGUAUGUUUGGCUUUGCUAGGCGGACUACAGGCAGGCUUGGUGUACGCAGUUAGGCCAUCUUACGAGCAUGGCCACCCGGCAGGCGUCGAGUUCUUUGGCAUAGGGAGCUCUGUAGUGAUCGCCAUAGGCCUCCUGCCGCAAUAUUACGAAAUAUGGAAGCACAAAGAAGUCAUCGGCAUCUCGAUACCAUUCAUGACGGUAGACAUGCUCGGCGGGGUGUUCAACGACCUGUCGCUCGCGUUCAAGUCUGAUUUCAAUGUCAUCGCCAGCGUGACUUACACGCUCGUGGUGGUCAUGGAUGGCAUCGUGAUCGUCCUUGCGCUCAUUCUCAAUCCUCGAGCAAGACGGCGCCGUAAGCGUGCCGCUCUCGCUGCCAUAGAGGCGAUUGGCACAGCACCUGCAGAUGCAAGUGCAACCGCCGGGAGAACUGACGAUGUAGAACUCGCUGCGGCGGAAACCACGCAACGGGCCUCAUAUCAUGAUGCACAUAAUGUCGAUGAAGAAAAGAGGCCAAGAACGGAUGAUGUCCGCGGAGAGAAGGGAUAUACGACUGUUACGACCGACAACACCUUUCGAGACACACCACAGCAUUCAUAGAACAUACGAUAGCAAUGAUGUUCAUUUUGUGGUCAUCCUGGAAGGCGAUGGAUAUAUUCUGCUGUGCGGGGGUCACACCAGGGAG